AUGUCUGUCGCCGGGCGCAAAGCCCAAAACAACGCUGCUCAGCGUGCGUUUCGUGAGCACAAAGAGCAGCACAUCACGGACCUGGAGACAGAGAUUGAUGAGCUUAGGAAAGCAGGUGAAGCCGCAGGUCAGGACAAUGCGUUGCUUAAGGAUCAAUUGGAACGUCAAGUGGAACGCUUGCGAGUUGAAUUGGGGGGAGAACAUCGAAUGCGAGAAUAUCGGAUGCGUUUAGCAUCCACCAGUCAAGGGGAACACUUCGCCAGGGAAAGUGACAGCACACAUAAGAGAGCUGCCAACUCUUCCGACGACUUCCAAUCUGAGAAAGUCAGUCCACUUCCUCAAAGCAAAGCUGCAGCACGGUCCGUUGGUCAACUCCGCCCAAGCAGUGCCAUACAGGCGCCCAAUGUGGGAAUCAAGCCUAGCUCUGGCCGAGCCAAGCGAGUUGGGCCACUGACGCAAGAAGAGCGCCGUAUGGCAAACAAAGUUCGUGACAUUGGGGCGUGCUUGCGAUGCCAGCGUCUGAGGGAGAGGUGCACAGACUCGAGACCAUGCUUGGGGUGUUACAAUGCGAAAGAGAAGUGCAUAGACAGGACGCUACCGAGGGUAUACUGGGGCGCAUCAGGCUUCACCCAGCUUGGUGGAGAAUUGGACUCUACUUUAUUGGACAACAAUGCAGUUUUCAACGACGGUGCACAACUCGCCUGCCGGCCCAAAUCUGCAGAAAAUCGGGCUUCCUCUUCAGAUGAAUCUAUCUCGUCGGAAUGGACCCAGUACGAUGGGUUGACAGAUCCCACGGCUGCUCGAAUAGCCUACGUGGCUGGCAAAGUCAUCGCCUCCGCGUUUGCAAGCGUUGCCACCCGCUAUGGCGCUCAACAAAGCCAGGCAACUGGCGGAUCCUGCGCUUCGGGACAGCCCAGAGGUGGGAAGAAGCAGCCUCAGCCAGCUUCGAAAAGGAAGAGCACUCAGAGCCGCGAUGAUGAUUCGGAGGCAUCAAAUGACGAUGGGUCCCCCAAAAAGCGAAAGACAGACCAGAAACGGCGCCAAGAAAGCUCAGCGCCGCCCUUGUUGGCCUGCCCAUUUCACAAAUUUGACUGCAAGUACUUUGGACCUGAUUCGGAUGAUGAGAAGUACCACGCCUGCGCCAAAGUCCGCUUUACGAACGUGGCUGGGCUCAAACAGCACAUGCAGCGAAACCAUUGCCUGCCCAAAUACUACUGCGUCAACUGCUGUGAAGCCUUCCCUGCAGAGUCACAGUUACAUGCGCAUAUCAGACCACCACGAUGUGAGACUUUGGAUCCACCACUUUAUCCAGAUCGAAUCACAGCUCAGCUCAGCGAGGCCCUCAGACUCGAUGAAAGAGAACCCAAGAACCAGGAUUCAAGCCAUUACUGGCGCCAUGCCUACGAUGUCCUCUUUCCGGGAGCUGCUGCGUUGGUGUCUGUGAGUCCGAACUAUGAAGGCCCGGACAAAGAGCACACGCUACGCUUCAUACGAUUUGCUAAAGCCGCGAGGUCCAUUAUCUUGGCCCGAAUAGUACAGGAAGAACAGCGCCUCAACCCGUACGACGGAUUGCACACUUCAACGGACAGAAUGUCGGAAGAGAUCGACUCGAUAGUUCUCGACUGGUACUGGAACCACGUGGCUCCCUCAGGCUUGGUUCUCGGUGAAUGCAUUGGAAGCCAUCUCAAUCUUAUCACGACUGUUCAGGUUCCAGAGGAAUACUGGCAAGCGCACUUUAUUGGGAGUAUCGAUUGGGGUGACUUCGACAAUGAGGUCAGGAACGAAGUGAGCACUGAGCUCAUCAAUCAAAUUACCGAUGAACUCGGCCAUGGUUUUGCCGAUGGACUCAGUGAUGAACUCGACAAUGAAGUCGGUGACGGUCCCUGCAAUGCCGAAUCACAGACAGUGCCUGAUGUGGAAAGAAGGAUUGUGUCCGAUGCCGAGUCAGAAGGCUCUGGUCUUUUGGUGUAG